AUGGUGAACUGUGAGGAGCGUGAACUGGGUAUGAUGAGUCGAAGGGGUUGUACAUAUCAUCUUUCCAAUCUGAGAAGUGGUGUUCGUAUGUUUAGCUACAGUAAUGGAACGUUUGAAGUUGUGUUUCCACCUCUUUUGGAUUAUUUUAUUGUUGAACAAGAGGCUAUUAGAUUACUCAUUCCUGUGGAUGAGGCAUUAAAUUGUCGUACAGCUCAGGAUUUUUUGCAAGUUCGUGGUGACCCUUUAGAUCUUAGAAAUGAACCUAAUAUAAAGUUAAAAGAUACGGGGGAUUAUCUAAUGUAUCCACUUAUGGCUUUCAAUGUCCAACCCAUUGUGGAGGCUGCCUAUGUGGAUGCUACAGCAAAUGCAGGAACUAUUGUGUCUAUGCUUUCUGUGUUAAGUGCCCCUUUUGGAGUUGUGGGUAUGAAUUAUAUAACAGUGUUAGCUAUGAUGCCAUGUACACCAGAUAGUACUCGUUAUAUCUUAUCUAGUUAUCGAGCUCUUUCUUUAAUUACGUUUGAGAAUUCCUUCUAUGGUGUUAUGUUAGGUAAUUUGAUUCUUGCCGUUGCCGUCUUUCUGGUCCAUACAGUAAUUCUUAUUGUAUUAAAGUUUGUUCGUCAUACUACUUUAGCAAUGGCAGCUUCUCGAUGUUGGUAUCCAGGUAUUACUUUGGUAGUAUUAGUGAAUCUUUUUGUUGGGACUAGUUUUGCAACCUUGCAAGGAUUUUCAUCUAAGAAUGGCUCUACGAUUGCGCUUAGUGUAGUAAUGCUUCUUGUGUUUGUUAUUGGGAUUCCCUUUAUACUUGUUAUUCUGACGAUAAAAAUGCGUGCCAAAUAUUAUCCUCUCAAGACAUUACCACCAACCACCAUAGAUGCAAAAGAUAAGUUUGUUAUGUCUAUUGCUAAUAGUUGGUUUGUACGUAUACGUGGUAUUUGGUUACCUAGUUCUAUAGCAGAUCGUUUAUUCUUAAUAUUAUUUAAUUUACAACGAUCUCGUAUUAUUUGGGUAACCCUAUGGCUUUGGGCACCUUUUGUUGUAUCUGUUAUUAGUGCUUUUCCAGCCAUUUCGGCUAAUGGAUGUACGGCUGUUCAUGCCGUACUUGUUUUUAUUCAUUUGAUAUUAUUUAUGGUAGUGGCGGUAUUCUCUCCACUCAUCUCACCUCUUGAUAACACCUAUUAUCUUGUGGUGAUGUUGGUAAGUAUAUGUACACUCUGUGGAAGUAUGGUGCUUCUGCAUGACCCGGAUAGUUGGAGAGCCGUUAUCGUUAUCUGUGUUGCCGCCAUUGUCGCUAUUAUUGUAUUUAUUCUUUAUAUUCUAUUGAAAAUUUUUCAAGUGGUGAUAUUUGCGAGAAGAAAAUGGGCAGAUGUGGAUGUGCGACUCACUCCAUUGAGUCGAUAUCGUGAAUCGAAUCAAGAUAAUUCUUUUUCUCGUGAAAUAACAGAACAGCAACGAGAACAAGGCUCUCAUUCGCAUGAAGGAGGAGAAGGAGAAUCAUUAGGUUUAGCUGCUCCUAUACUCGCCCCUCGUAUGCAAACCUUUGUGGAACGAACAAUAGAUUUAGGACCGAAUGAACGUAUUAUUCCUGGAGAACAAAUCGCCCAACAUUUGGUAGAUGGAUUAAUGACAGAGAAUGCACUUGCGGCAGUGGAGUUGGGUCGUCCUUCUCUUCCAUUACAGGAAGUGUCUUCACGUGUGGCCCGUCAACUUCCAACAGGGAGUUGGCCUUCCUGUAGUACAUUAUCUCUCUCAUUAGAUACUAUAGAUGGAUCCUUACAGUUUAGUGAGGAGUCUGAUAAUGGGGGUGAGGAUUCCUGGAAUCAUGGAGUUUAG